ACGGUGUCGUUUCGAUGCUCUGAAAAGUUGGCAAUGGAGUGUGAAAGUGCAUACUGUGGAUCUUAACAAGUUCUUCCAACUAUUUUCCCCCCCAAUUCCCCUCAAUUGGUGUGCCCUAAUGAAUCAAUUCGAUACCGAAUUCUGAUCUUCAAUUUGGUAUUCGGGGCUGUACAUAAAUUCUAAUAAUGGCGAAGCAUUCGACGACGUCGUUAGUUCCAGUCCAGAAGAGAUGGCCGUUGAUGGUAUUACUCUGCAUCGCCUUCUCCACCGCCAUUGCCUUCUUCAUCGGAGCUUCGUUCAGUUCCUGCAAUUCACACGAUUACUCCGACACCAAGAACAAUUUCAACACUCCGAUUCACUCGUCCGCCUUAGACGGCGGCGCUGUUGAGAAAGAAAAAAAUCCCCUCAGUUUCAUGAAAUCGAAGCUUGUUCUGUUGGUCUCUCACGAACUUUCUCUCUCCGGUGGACCUUUACUCUUAAUGGAGCUUGCCUUUUUGUUAAGAGCUGUUAGCGCUCGAGUAGUCUGGAUCACCAAUCAGAAGCCCUCUGAACGCGAUGAAGUGGUUUAUAGUUUGGAACAAAGGAUGAUGGACAGAGGAGUGGAGGUUAUGCCUGCAAAGGGCCAGGAAGUUGUUGAUACGGCUCUUAAAGCCGAUCUAGUCAUUUUGAAUACAGCUGUGGCUGGCAAGUGGCUGGAUGCUGUGCUCCAAGAAAACGUGGCUCGUGUACUCCCCAAGGUUUUGUGGUGGAUUCAUGAAAUGAGGGGACAUUACUUUAAACUGGAGUAUGUGAAGCACCUCCCUUUUGUUGCAGGUGCCAUGAUUGAUUCACACACUACUGCUGAAUACUGGAAGGAUAGGACUCAUGAGCGAUUAGGGAUUCAGAUGCCUGAGACCUUUGUUGUGCACCUUGGCAAUAGCAAAGAUUUGAUGGAAGUAGCUGAAGACAGUGUGGCGAGAAGGGUCCUGAGAGAGCAUAUUAGGGAAUCGCUCGGAGUACGCAAAGAUGAUCUUCUAUUCGCCAUUAUCAACAGUGUUUCUCGAGGGAAAGGUCAGGAUCUAUUUCUCAAAGCUUUCUAUGAAGCGCUGCAAUUCAGCCAAGUGAGGAAACUGAAAGUGCCACCCAUGCGUGCAAUUGUAGUGGGAAGUGACAUGGGUGCCCAAACUAAAUUUGAAACAGAAUUACGAAACUUUGUUGCUGAGAAGAAAAUUCAGGACAGUGUGCAGUUUGUGAACAAAACAUUGAAUGUUGCUCCUUAUCUGGCUUCCAUUGAUGUUCUUGUCCAAAACUCUCAGGCGCGUGGAGAGUGCUUUGGAAGGAUAACAAUUGAAGCUAUGGCUUUUCAGCUACCCGUAUUGGGCACUGCAGCUGGAGGUACAGUAGAGAUUGUAGUAAACGGCACCACGGGUUGGCUGCAUCCAGCUGGCAAAGAGGGUAUAACACCUCUUGCAGAGAACAUCAUUCGACUCGCCACAAACAUAGAGAUGAGAAAGACUAUGGGACAAAAAGGUUACACUAGGGUCAAAGAUAUGUUCUUGGAACAACAUAUGUCUCAUCGAAUCUCCUUGGUUCUUAAGAAAGUUCUCCAAAAGGCAAAGAGAGAGGUUCGUCGUUGAGACACCAAAUGCACGAAUUGAGGUAUUAGCAAAAACAUUUCUCUUUUCACUUUGUAGUUUGCUUUUUUGUCUAGUCGAUUUUUGUGUGGAGUGGUUCUCGAGUAUAUCGUAUGAUAAAAAGAUUGUCGAACAUGAAAUUAGUCAUCAUAAAGAGUUUGAAGGUGAA